AUGCCCGAGGCAAGCAACCAAGAUGAAGUGGAUGGACCGCGCGGCGUCAUGUCCAAGUCGGACCUGAUGGCGUUCCUGCGAGACCCGACUGUGACCGCUUCGUCCAUUCGAACCCACGUCGCGACCGGGCGCAUCGACGCAAUCGCAGUGCUGGCCAUAUCCCACCGCGAGCUGGUCGACGCCAAGGUGCCACCCCUGGCCGUGCGCAUGCUGUUCAUUUCCGCGAUGGCCGCAACGCAGCCCACGCAACACACUCCAUCCAAAGCCCCGCCGUCGAUCCUUCCUCCCCCAGGGUUCUCGGCGCUGUCCAUCGCGACCACCGACACCCAUCCGUUGAAGCAUGACAGCCACGUCCGCGCCACGUCGCCCCAACGAUCCCCCGUCAUCCCGUCCAAGCCCGGUGCCGCCACCGCCUUGUUCCCUCGAGCUGGCCACCACCGCCCAGACCAACACGUGCCGGACAACCAGUACGAGCGCGAGAUGGAGCGCAUUUCGAACCAAAUGACGAGGAAUGUGCUCGACUAG